UUUUCGGGAUAGGAUCGGCCGCAUGCGUAGCGCUUGGUCCAACGCCGAUUGAUAACUGCGUCCGGGCGCUGUGCCUGUGGCGCGGGGGCUAAACUCGUCACAAUGCGAAACAACGCAUCAAUGGGAAACGCUUUGCGCAAGGGGCAGAGAGCUCCCGUGACAUCCAUAGUUUGCAAAAGGUGGCGUCGCUUGGUGCGGGACCACUUCUUGUGGCGACACGUGGAUCUCUCUUCCAGCAGGAUAUCCUCCAAGAUCUUAUGGCAUCUUCUACGGAACUACUUCCAAGGCAGCUUGCAGACUCUGAAGCUACGAGGCUCCCUCUUCUCCUUUCGAAAACAAGAAGUACUUACCUCAGCACUGCUGCAGGCUUUGGGCAAACAAUGUCCCAAACUCCACCAAUUAAGCUUGAUGGAACUAGACCUCCGUUCAUUCCAGUAUGGCUGUAUGCCUUCCUCUCUUACCACCCUGGAGCUGAGAUGUUGUGAGAUCCCUUUUGUUUGGCUCCAAGUUCCAGAGACCACCUGCACUUCCCCAAGAAUCCAACAACUUUCAAUCUGGAAUGUCCCUGCUUUUUCCAACCAGCACCUAUUGAAUAUUGCUACCCAGGGCACUCUCAAGACUCUUAUCCUUUCAGAAGUGUACCGUAUAACAGACGUGGGGAUCCAGGCAGUAGGACCACAUCUGAAAGACCUUCAGCACCUUGCCUUGUGCCAUUGUAGCAUUGGUGAUUCAGCCAUGUACUUCAUUGGGCACCACAUGAAGCAACUGCAUCAUUUAGAUCUCAGGAGUAAUUCUUUGACAGAUACAGGUCUUCUUUGCUUAAGUGGUUUACCAAACUUAAGGACCCUUUGUUUGAGAGACUGCAGUCAACUUUCUCCAGAAACCAUUUUAAUGGUUUGCCAGUCACUCCCCAGUCUGAAGCAUCUCGAUUUAAGCAGGAUAGACUUUGAAGACAAAAUAUUCCAAAAGAUCCAGUUGAGUUUACCAAACUGUACAGUGGCAAACACCAUCCUUUGCACAGAUUCCAGUGCAAUAUCUUAGAAGAUAGCAAAUUUUCCCUGUGCUUGUUAUUCACAGGUCAAAAGAUGGCAGCACUCAGAUACAUCUUCUCAGCAGCUUUUAGUCCUUAUAGCCCAAAUGUUUGUAGCAGGCUAAAAAUGGAAUAGAUCAGACCAAACAAGUAAUAUAUCUCAAGGGCCACUAGUUUAACUGUUGUGCAAAUUGUAUGGCCAGUAUUUGUACUGUAGAUGUCUGCCGAUGUUGACAUAUAAUUCAAGCUUAAAGAAUCCACUGUCUUCCAGUUUUUUAAUAUACCUCUGAACUCUCGCUAGUUCCAGCAAAUAUAGUCAGCUGUGCACUCUGAUGGGAAAAGUAGCCAAGAAUACCAGGAAACUGCCAGGUUCUAAAGUAGGACAUAAGUGACUGGAGAGAUUAAAAAUUAAAAUAAUUUAUGCACUGUGGGCAGAAGAUGUUAUUAGAAACACUAUGCCAUUUUAAAAACGCACAAAUUUCUGGACAUCUAGGACAAAUUCCUCUUCCUGAAGAACUCAUAGUUGAUAUAUUUUAAAAAGCACAAAGGUUACAUUUACAAAAGUGCAUAAUUUUCAAGGCUGACCACAUUUUAUUGUUUUUAAACACCAUCUUAUUUACUUGAAAUCUGGUACAAGAAUUUUGGCUUUUUAAAAAUUAUCUGAAGUUUGUAUUCCACAUUUUUUCCAUGAACUCUGAAACUAAUUAACUUUCAGACAUGACUUAGGAAUAUUCCAUCAAAUGCUCCAUUAAAAAGCCUACUAUCUGGUGCCUCAGAUGCAUACAGAAGCUUUGGGAGUGGCCUGUACAGCCCAUUCCAAAAGUUGGUUUGUGUGGUUAGCCUUAAAGUGACAGAAUAGAAAAGC